UCAAUCGGAAGCCCGUUCGCACGCCGCGAGUUUUCAUUACGAUAUUUUACUCUAAAAGUGAAUUAAAACGUGUGAAAAUCGCGUUCUAUUCUACUCUUCUUCUCGUAUUUAAUUUUGUUUUUUUGUGUUGUUUAACAGUUCAAGUGUAUUUGUGAUUCCGUAAGGCGCUUUGUUAUUUGGAAUGACGUGAGGGAUGAGUGCUGGGCGAGGAAGGUGAGAGGGGCGGGGCGUAAUGACCGCUCCGGAUCCUUUGGUGCUUCAGGCACUGAAGGGGUUCACCCAGGAUAGUGACAAGUGGCCGGGACCUCGCGCUGUCAAGAUAUACCUUGCAUCUACGUACAAUGAUUUUCGUGAAGAAAGGCGCCAAGUCCUCGAGCUUGUUGGACCAGAAUUGCAGUCUGCGUAUGACGAUAGAUACAUUGAGGUGAAUUUCGUGGACAUGCACUAUGGCUGCGAUGGCGGUGACGAAACAAAUCCAGCUUUACUCAGAUACUAUCUAGACGAAAUACGAAGCUGUAAUAACACCUCCAAAGCCGGCUUCUUCCUGUGUUUCAUUGGUGGCGACGCGUCGUCCUAUCAACCAGUACUGCCGUUUGAGAUUGCAAAAGAAACAUUUGAACAACUUGUAGAAUCUGAAUCUUCAGAUGCAGAUUUGAUUCGAGUUUGUUAUAAAAAUCAUGGAGAGACAUACAAACUUGAAGGUGACGAUAAAUGGUACAACAAUUUAUUGGAGCGUGAAGAAGAACGCAAGCGACUCAGUGCAGUUCAGAAGGCAUUUAAUAAUGUAGUGUUGGAAGCUUACGAAGGUGGCGCUAGUAUCGCACAUUUGUUGAGGAGUCCCGUGGAAAUACAAUGUGAACUCGCUCUAGAUCUACUUCAAACCGGAAAGCAUCCAAAUGGCAUGAUAACAGUGCUCCGUGAAAUUGCCACUUUAGAACAAGACGACAGUAAAAUAGCGGUACUCGCCAGUACGAGAUUAAAAGCACUACAGAGGAGGAUUGAAGAAACUUUAUCUGAGAGUAAUAUUAUCAGGCUGGAGCCAACAUCAGCAGAUUCAUCUCAUGCAGAAUGCGUUGCUGAUAAUGAAGAAAAAUUAUCACCAUUUCGGGAUAAAGUACAAGCAAUAGUCAGUUCGCUGGUCGACGAUAGCCUUAGUACUGAACCCGAUCAGGGUAAGGGUAGAAAAAAAACAGUACAGGAAGUAUUUCUUGAGCAUAUAACGCAUCUUAGAAUAUGUAUAGAACAGAAUCUUCAUUCCAAAAUUACUGACAGACACAUCGAGGAAACUGCGAAAGUUAUUUUAAAUAAUGCUAAAGAAAAUUAUGAAAACAGAUCAAAACAUCCGCCAAUCCUCAUAUACGGUAAUGAUGCAUCCGGCAAAAGCACAUUAUUAACACAUUUAUAUUACAAGACAGAAGAAUUGUUUUCCAAGCCAGUAUUAAGAAUAAUUAGAUUCUCGGCUUCAACACCGCGAUCCGCUUACAACUUAGAGCUGCUGAGAGUAAUGUGCCAACAAAUAUCAAUUAUCUUAAACAUUCCAGAAGGUUAUUUACCAAAAGACGCCAGUUUUGAUCCACUUUAUAUCAACAAUUGGUUCCAAAGUUUGCUCAGACGUUGUGAGGAAAUGGAGAAUGAGAUAUUAUUAAUAUUUAUUGAUAACGUUCAUAGAGUAAACCCUUUAGAGUGUGAUAUUGUUACUGGUUUAUCGUGGCUACCCAUGUCUUUGCCACGAAAUGUUUUCUUAAUUUGUACAAGCGCUGUAGCUUUGGAACAGCUGCAAUUAACUCCGGCUCAAAAAGAGAAAUUCAGAGCUCAGAAUUGUUAUUACUUAUUGGAUAGUACUGAAGAUAUACCUGAUAAUGAUAGCUGUGGAGAAUUUAUAGACAGUGCCUUCGAUAAUUUAGAAGUUGUGUUCGGAUCUAAAGCUUUUAGUAAACUAGCAGGUUAUAUAACUUGUUCAGAGUUUGGGCUUACGGAACUUGAACUGUUGGAACUUUUGAUGCCGACGAGUAACAGCGAUGCUGUGAUAACACUGAAAGAUGCAAACUUUAACUUCUCAUCAUUAUGUGUCGCGAAAUAUAUGAUGAAAUCCCUACUGAUUGAAAACUUAGUAUCUGGCCGCUGCACGUGGAGAUGGAAAGCGGCUUCUGCCAGUGCAAGAGCACGCCGACGCUAUGUUCGCGUGCAAAGCGCUCUUCGAGACGCCCAUUCUGAUUUGGCUGCGUUACAUUUUUCUGGCUUCCUGCGAGAUACAGAUGAUGCUGAUAAUUCUGAAGCGCAUGAACCAGGAUGCGUUAACGAUGACGAUGUUGCUUUGGACUCCACUCCGUUUCAUUCAGCAAGUAGAACAGCAGCUGCCUUCACCCAGAGGCAUGUGGAGGAAUCCUGGCUGCAUCUUCUUUUGGCUGGAGAUUUCACUAAACUUAAGGACCUCACUGUCUGCAAUUUCGACUUUCUUCUCGCAGCGGUACAAACAGUAACAAUAUCGUAUCUGCGAUGUAUUCUGGAGCAUGUUCGGUGCUACAUCCUCGACCGUGAUGUCGAGUUGGUGUAUGGUGCUGUAAGGAAGUCCAGUGAUAUACUCACUAGAGAUCCCAUGCAACUUGGAGCUCAGAUAAUUGCGUGGCUUCGACCCGCGGUGGCUAGACGGGGCGUGCUGGCAACAUUAGUGACAGCUGCGAUGGCUUGGUGUGAUGGAUACGAUAAACCACUUCUUGUGCCGCUCAACGGAUGGUUACAUCCACCCAUCGCGUCUACAGUACGUGUGUUGUCUGUGGGUGGUUCAACUCCUGGAUCCAGUGCUCGCUUGUUGCAGCUGGCGCCAUCUGGUCAGCACUUGGUUCUGGCACCGUCGUCUGGCGAUCCGCAACUCUGGCAUGUCAUGUCUAACUCCAAAGUGCACACAUUCAAAGGUCACUCAGGAAGGAUACUCUGUAUGUGCGUAACUCGAGAGUCUCAAUAUUUACUCACUGGUUCCGAAGAUACAAGUGUCAUAGUGUGGGAUCUACAUACACUCGCUGUCAAGACAAAAAUUCUCGAACAUAUUGCACCAGUGUUGUGCGUGGCUGCAAUUGUGAAUAGAUCACUCGUCAUCAGUGGCGGUGAAGACAGUUCUGUUAUUGUCACAUCAUUGGUUGAUGGAGCCUUGGUAACAAAAUUAGACCAUCAUCGAGGUCCGGUCACUUCGGUGAAGGUAAUUCAAGAUGGAGAGAUUGUUGUCACUGGCUCUCAAGAUGGCGCAGUCUGUAGUUGGAACGUGGAUAACUUUACGCUGCUCAACACAGUAACUGCGGGAGUGCCAAUACACUUAAUGGACAUCACUGAAGACAAUGUGUUCCUCGUGACGUUGCAAGGAGAAAAUGAAUUGCACUUGAGAACUUUUAUAACGGGGACCUAUUUACAUCCGUUGAAGCGUCAUAAAGCAAAGAUAAAAUGUUUCUGCGUCGCCCACGAUUCGAGUCGCGCUGCCGUCGCGUGUUCAGACCAGCGUAUCUACGUGUACAGUCUACAUAGCGGAUGUCUUCUGCGAACACUCGCCGCAGCCCAUGAUGUCGCCGCCCUAGCCAUUGCUGACCAAGACCAUUUCUUGUUGGCUGCAGGUGCAAAUCGAGUAACGAUAUAUUCGUUUCACACAGAAGACAACUUAACCAAUUUUAGACCCACAAAACAGAUGAAGAGGAAACAAACAAAAUCUACAACGAACAUAUCAUUACUGCAGGCGGAACAAAGUGAACUAAUUCCUAUAAGCUGCCUGGAAGUAUCUCGUGAUGGUCAACUGGCUGCCAGCGGCUGUGCACGAGGUCUUGUUCGCGUGUGGCAGCUGUCAACACAUCGACUACAAGCGACCCUCGGCGGUCAUAUGGGACACAUCACAUGCGUUACCUUCUCUCCAAAUAAUCUCAUAGUGCUCAGUGGCUCAGAAGAUCGGACUGUUGUCGUGUGGCAACUAGCUGAUAAUUCACCAUCUUUGACUUACAAGGGUCAUACGGCAGCUCUGGUUUGUGUUGUGAUGAUGUCAGACGGCCGCCGGGCGAUGUCAGGAGACCGUGCUCGUAACGUCCACGUGUGGUUGGCUGAUUCAGGGAUCGUGCUUCAUACCACCAACUGUCCUACCACUAUGCUAGAUGUAACCCUCAAUAUGAAGUAUGUGGCUGUAUCUGAGGGUGACAAUUCGGUUCGUAUAUGGGCACUCGCCGACGGCGACAGUGGUGAUGAAAAGCGAGCAGUAUCUCAUGCAGAGAGGAUCACCUGCUUUGCCUUGACAGCUGAUUCCCAACACGUCAUUACUGGUUCCAUGGAUAUGUCACUUAAGGUCUGGAAACUGGAUGGCGGGAAACUUUCACAGGUACUCGUGGGUCACUCAGACAUAGUGACGUGCGUUGCUGUAUCGAUAACGAACAAGACUCAAGUUGUCUCUGGCUCUUGGGAUUGCAACUUGAUCGUAUGGGACAUCAACACCGGUUCUGAUCUCCAUUUGCUGAGUGGACAUUUGGGCAAGGUCACCUGUGUUAAGGUGACUGGCGAUGGGUCUAUAGCUGUCUCUGGUGCCGAGGACAAAACCUUAAUAAUAUGGGAGACAAAGCGAGGACUGGCACUGACGUCUCUAGCUCUGCAUGUGCCAUUACUCGGCUUUCAGAUAACGAGUGACUGUGCGAGAAUUGUCGUGCAUUUGCUGGAUCGAGGGUGCCUUCCCAUAAUAUGUUUGCACAACACACCUGCUACUUACGUCAAGAUUCCGACGUUCGCCGCGCCCACAAAAGACGUCGAUGAACUGCGGCCUCUAGCUCCAAAGCGACCGAUGCGAAGGUUGUUGAAGAAGGAAGUCUCCCUGGACACAUACACGUGGCAGAAGAAGUACGCACAUCUGACUUCCGCAGCUAUGAUGGCGCAGGUCGAUGAGCGGUUGAAGAGAAGAUUCUCAGUAUCAGCGUCAAUGGAAGAGAUAUCAAAAAUUCAGGAGGCCAAAAAUAAGGAUCUUGGAUCACAGGUGAGCCUGGGACCGGAGCAGGCUGCAUUGGCUCAAUCACAACACUUCGAUCAACUUGAGGCACUUUGGAACAAGAUAUCACCUCCCAGACGACGCUCUAAUAAGAGUCUAUCAAAACAGAGCUCGUUGAUUGAGCGCGUGGAUUCCUCUGAUGAAGAACACACUCCAGUUGAAGAGCAGGAACACAUGGUGGAGUAAAACGGUUUUAUUCAUUCUUUGCGCUUUGUUCAUUAAUUAAAAAAAAAAAAAACUAAAUAUAAUUUAGAGUUGGUCUCAUUAUGUUAAAUUAAUUUAUAGUUUUAAAAGUGUGAUUUUAAUUUAUGAGAUAUUUUGUUAAAAACACAUCAAUAUAACUUUAAUGAUAUUAUAGUCAUAGAUUAAGGAUUGGUCUCCGCUGCGCUACUUCUAGAUACCGCACUACCUAAGAACAAUAGCUUUUAUCUGCGGCUACUAUUAGAUGCUUGUUUGCGUGGCAUUUAGUGGCAUCUUGUAAUUUUGUAACAUACGCUUCUUGUUAUUUUACUACUUUAAUUUCAAUAAUUAAUAAAAUACGAAAUACUUACUGACGAUAUGUGAUCCCACUAUCUUUUUUAUUUCUUGUAGUAUUAUUUAUACAAAGUUUUACUACACAACCCGGCAUUUUAGUUUCAACUAUUAGCAAAGUUUAACAGAACAUGUCAACGUCACACGAACACGAGACUGGCUCGAGUACGCCCAUGCGGGUGUAGUAAAAGUUGCCGCAUUUUGCGACUACGAGACCAAUCCUUGAUCUAAGGUAUUUAUGUCCAAAUACAUCAUUAAAUUCAAUUUCGCAAGUUUUCAAGAACUCCACAGUAUAAUUUCUUUGAACGAAGCCAUUGAAUGGUUACUUUUAAAGUGUUUGUAAUUACUCUUUUGUUCGCCAAAAUAUGUUUCCGGAAAUAAUUUCGUCACUAGACGGUUACAAGAAAUGACGUUGUUAGCAAAAGUAUCGUUAAAUAUUGUAACAAGUAAAUAAAGAUUGAAGUCAAUGAAAUGGCAAUUGAAUUCUUUAUUAAAAAUAGUGAUUAAUUGAGAUCAUAAUAUUUAAAUGUCUUUAUAUUUUCUACACCAUUAUAUCAUAAACCAAAAUUUCUAGUAAAAUCUUUAUACCGGAUCAAGACCAUUUAAAUUAAGACUCAUUAUUAAGUUGAUAUUAUUAUGUUUUUUAGUUGACAAAAUUGGACGAUACUUUUGUAGGAGCUCGCAGAUACGAAUAUCUGAAUAGGGUAGUUAAUAGUAUUCAGUAUCAUUGUUUUAAAAACUUUUAAUAAGUUUAAAAUUAUGUUUUUCAUUGUCACUAUACUAUCGGGACAUACGGGCUAUGUCUGUAUAGUAUAUGUAGAAUCGAUGAUUCUCUUCAAACAAUUUCCUGCACGUUUCGUAUGUGUAGUUGAUUAAGUAUCCCUUUUUAACAAUGAAGUAGUUUUUAUUAUAAAUAUCUUUUAUUUCUUCACUAUACACUUAAAUUAUUUUAUCUUCAUCUCCCUUUACUUAUGUGCUAAUUACUAUCUUAAUUUCUAGUAGUUACAUACGCUUUUACUAACUAUUUAAAUCACGUUUUAUAUUUGCAAAUUAAUUUUAUUAUUUGAAAUUUGAAAAUUUUGCACUAUUAAUUUGGAUCCAAAUAUUUAUGAAACCCUAGCUGUAUUUCAUUAGAUAAGUAGUAACCUGUUAAGCUACUUCCUUACUAAGGGUAUGUUCCGAUAUGCACUGCGACCACUGUACAGUGUGACGUCAAUUUAGUAUACUGUGAAGCCGUUCCUUUAUAGCCAGUUAUACUGGUUACUAUUUAAAACGGAACGCAAUCCCGUAUACUUUCAGCCGCAUUUUUUGACGCAGCAUUCAAAUUCUGUUGUUGGAGUACUGUCAAAUUAAAAAUAUUUGAGAUUUAACUGUAGGUAUUGUUUACAAAAUGUUAGGCACUCGAGUGGUUUUGACUGAUCACGUGAUCAAAUUACUGCGAGUACCUUACCUCGAAAAUGCCAGUGCUCACGGUAGAAUAUGGCGUUGAUUUAUUACGUCAUAUAUUUCCCUAGGGUACUGCGGCAGUAUACUGGCAGUCCAUAACGGAACGAAUGUUUCUAUAGUGAUAGCACUGUGCAGUGCUCGCAGUGCAUAUCGGAACAUACCCUAAAUGUAUCGUUCUAGUUUCCAAGCUGUGAUCCUUUGUAAAGACUACUAUGUAAGUACAUACGUAAGGUACUCUUUAGUCAACUUGUGUGAUUCGUCUAGUCAAUGUACUUUAUCGUUUUACAAGUGCAAUAAUAUCUAUUUAGUAAGUAAGUUCAAUUUUAGGUAAUAAUACCAUCUAUCUCUGAUUUACUUUUAGAUACAUCUACAAUAUUGAUUUAUAUUUUUGGUUUUAUCUCUAUAUUACAUUACGUAACUGCUGGUUACAUCACAGCCUGUUGUACAGCAACUUAUUCAAGAUUAAUUAUCAAUCCAUCAUUCCUUGGCAGUGCGUAAUACAUCGUAGCAAAAUUAUACUUAAUACGUAAGUUGUUCUAACAGUUUUCCAUCAUAAUUCGGAAUUAUUUCGCAUAUGCCUUCUUCUAUGGUAUUUAUAUUAUUAUAUACUAACCUAUGUAAGUUGAUUAUUUUCGAAACAAUUGUUAAGAUACAAUGCUUAUUCACAAAGAUCCACGUAGCUUUAGCGCCGUAUUUUUGUACCAACAGUAUAAUAACGACAGUUGCUUAAAGUAAAUUAUGCAAAAUUAAGAAUAGAAAAGAAAAGCAAAAUCUAAUGAUUUUUCCAAGUAAAAUUGCGAAAAGAAGUAACGGCUCAUUUUAGGUUACCCAAUACUCUUCUAACUAAGCUUGAAAAUGUCAUUUAGAAGUAGAUCACUGACGAAUGACGUUUCAAUUACGAUAGCAUUCAAUUUAAUUAUUAACAAAAUACAAAACAAAACCAUAGACCGUUUAGGGACCGUAGGGCCGUUUAAUUAAUAGUGAGACUUAAAAAUAAAUAGAAUAUCCUUAAAUAAUAGUUAAGAAGAAGAAUAAAGAAUAUCUCUAAACAAUUUAAGGCGAGUCAUUUGCCCGGAAAUAUCAGCUCGCUUUUCUGGGAUAGUCAUGGAGUGGUCUUGAUUAAAUUUCUCGACCAUAGAGCUACUGUUCCUGACUCUGUAUAUAGAACAAUUACUAAUAAAACAUCGUAACGAAAUUUGAAAGAAUUGGUGAGGCAAACUAGCAAAAAUUGUUUUGUUCCAUUAGAAUUUAGAAUAAUGAUGAGCAGGUCCACAAUUGCAAUUUAAAAUUCUGGCAUCGAAAUACUUGAACAUACUUCACAUUCAACCGAACUAGUUGAUUCCUAUAUAUUUCCAAGGUUGAAUGAUUAUGAUAAAGAACAGAGACUCAAAGAUGAUGAAGCCGUAGUCUCUGCGAAAAGGAAUUUUAGGUGUACAGGAUGAAGAGUUUUUGAAGAAAUGUUUUUUUUACCGGCAACAUACGCAUUCUCACUUUAUACUGAACGCCCUACGUGCUACGCCCUAAAUCAGUGGUAUUAGUCGAAUUUCUCAAAAUCAUCUUAUUUAAUAUUUAGCAUUUAGCACAACUUCUCUUUUUAUGUGAUUUAUUUUUACAAAUUAUCAUAAUAUAAUAUUAUUAUUGAUAUGUCCUAUAUUUAUGCAUUUAUUAAUGAAUUGUAUGUUUUUGUCAACGAAUUAAUUACUCUAUUUUAUAAUGAUUGUAGAAUAAUAUGCUGUUAUAUUUUGAGUAAUGUUAAUAGGGUAACAUUUAACAUAAAAUCAUAUUCCUUUUAUGUUUACGCACUAAACUUACUCAAAUCACGGGCUGCGUUAUACUGGGUCACCGCAAUAGGACACAAUAAUUUCAUGUUAGAACCGUAGACGUGAGCAAUUUCAACAUUCCUGCAAUGACGCCCGCUAUAAAAUCUCACCGUUAUACUCGGGUACUUCACGAGUUUAGAUACAAUAGUAUAUCCGAUAGAUUUAGAAUAUACUUGCGUUUAGACAACCUGACAGUCCAAUAAUAAUGCGUAAUCAAUUUUGAUUUUUUAAUGUAUGUUCGUUUAGUAGUUUAGUAUUCAAAAUAACUGAGCUUAUUUCAAACAUGGCUGAUUGUUUACAUCUUUUCAAUCAGCAUUACUUACAGUAACAAUAGAUUCAAUUUCCUUUUCUAUAUUGAUCACUCAACAUCAAUAACAGUUACAACAGAUUCGUUUUCCUUUUUUAUAUUGAUCAAUCAACAUCAGUUACAUUUACAAUAGAUUCGCUUUCCUUUUCUAUAUUGAUCAAUCAACAUCAGUUACAGUAAUAAUAGAUUCGCUUUCCUUUUCUAUAUUGAUCAAUCAACAUCAGUUACAGUAAUAAUAGAUUCACUUUCCUUUUCUAUAUAGAUCAAUCAACAUCAGUUACAGUAAUAAUAGAUUCGCUUUCUUUUUCUAAAUUGAUCAAUCAACAUCAGUUACAGUAAUAAUAGAUUCGCUUUCCUUUUCUAUAUUGAUCAAUCAACAUCAGUUACAGUAACAAUAGAUUCGCUUCCUUUUUCUAUAUUGAUCAAUCAACAUCAGUUACAGUAACGAUAGAUUCGUUUUCCUUUUCUAGUUUCUAGUUUCUUCUCUCUUGCACGCAUUUUUUGUCUAUUCGUUAGUAAAUUGUAAGUCUAAAAGUAAAUCUUAUGAUACAACAUUUUAACUGUUAGUGUUAUUUAAAAGUCUCAUUUGAAUCAUUGUUUUUAAAUACGUCAUAAACUCAAUGACUUUCUAUACAUAUAGACAAAUCACGUCGUAUAAAAACAAAGCCGAAAUAUAAAAAAUGCCACAAAUUACACUACCAUCAACUUCGACUGCUUUAUCUAUACAUUGCUACAUUUACUCGAGUUGUUCAAAAGAUACUUGGUCAAUAAGCAGCAAUGUAAUACAUUUAUUUAGUGAAGGUUACGGAUGUUGAAUUUAGUACCCAUAUCAGACAGUUACAUACGAUUAAGGAGAAAAGUGUGCUUACAUUGUGUUUGAGCACACUUUUACUGUUCCGCUAUCAGACUGCAAAUGAUGUCCAUAUAAUAUAUGUAUAGAAGGUCAUUGCAUAAACAAAUAGACAUUUUUGAUUAAGUAAAUUCGUAGUGGAAUGUUAUUCGUAUGCAGACAUAGAUUUAAUUUAUAAAUAGACAUCAGCCUACUCAUAAAUAAAAACAUCUGUAUCCCUAGUUUUAAUAUGUGUCUGUAGUCUUAGUACAGUUAGUGAUUGCAAUAAUAUUUAUAAGUAGAUGCACUUGUUUGUAGGUAAGAUUCUAGGAUUUUGUCGAUAUUCUGUUGUUUCAAAUGUACACGCUUUGAGUAACUUCGCCUUUUGUCGUGUUUCCUAAGCAAGGGCUCGAUAAUGUUCAUGUAAAAACAAUAUUUUUAUUUGCAUUAUGAGCAGUUUUAAAAAAAAUUUUUUUUGAACAAUUAUUUUCAGCUUGAACGACGUAAAGAAAUACGAUCUUUAACCUGAAAAAUAAAUAAAAUAUUGAAUUGUGAAUUUUGAGCUGUUUUUUUGUAUUAAUUUAAAUUUUUAGGUCAAUUCUAUUGUUUGCUCAAUAGUUUAUUUACACAUAACUAUUAUUUGGGUCGCACACUCUGUGAAUAUAUCAUCUAUGUAAUAAAUUCAAAACAACCAUCACGAAAAUAAUUUCAAUGGAUCCUGUAUAAAAGAUUCUGAAACAGUUAGAUUACUGCUAACAUUAAAAAGCCAGCCCUGGUAACCAUUGCAUCAUCCAAACGAGUGUUGUAAUGUUGUACUGCAUUUCAUUACAACACUAGUUUGGAUGAUGUAAUGGUUUUUAGGACAUUGGGUGUUUUAAUGUUGGCAAUAAGCUAACUGUUUUAGACUCUUUAAUAGAGGAUCGCAUGGCUAUAGAUAAAAUUUAUUAAAUUUUUAUUUAACAAAAUAAUUAACGCCAACAGAUAAUUGUAUUAUAUUGAUAUAAUUUAGAAGUCUAUACGCUUUUAUAAAAAUAUUGUUCUUACAUAGUGUGUAAUGUAACUAGAGUGUAACCUUGUUGACUAUUUAUAUAGAAUUUUUAUAUUUAACGUUUCUUAAUCGUCACUCGAAUGAAUUUCAUUUUGAACCUGUCGUGAUGUUAUACUUAAAAUAUAUUCUCUGUGUUUCCUA